AUGUGCAUAGCCAGCUGCCUGACUUACGCGCCAUCAGAGGUAAGGAAAGCUGUGUCUUUUACGUCGCAUGACCUUAGGGCUGCCAAGAGAGAUGAUUUGGUUGACUUCAAACACGCAUGCAGUGACACGAUGCGACUCCUCCGUGAACUGACGGCCGCUUUGCAAGGCUUCGCCGCCCUAACUGCCGUGGCUCAUGGUGAUUUUAGUUGCGGAACGCCGAACCCGUCGCACGAUCAUCUCAAAAUCGCACACGGCCUGUGGAGGGAUGAGGUCGUCAACGGCACCCUAGUCAUACGCUCAAGAGCUAGUAUCGUAGUAGACACAUAUCUCCAUGUUCUAGCCUCAAGCCUCUCAGCUACUGGUGGGUAUAUAGAUGAUGCAGGGCUCCACCGCCAGAUGGCCGUUCUUAACGCAAACUUCGGACCUCACGAUAUCUCGUUCAGGCUACAGGGCGUGACACGCACUGUCAACGCCGGCUGGGCUGGCGGCGGCGACGAGCUACGUAUGAAACGCGCCCUCCGCCAAGGGGGAUACGCCAGCCUCAACGUCUACUUUCUAGGUCGCUCGUCAGGUAUUUUAGGCAAGUGCACGUUCCCACAAGGAGCGUCUAUAGGCUCGAAUACCUUCACACUAGAUGGCUGUACUGUGGCCUCGUCAACGAUCCCAGGCGGGAAGGGUCGGAACGUUAACCUAGGGAAAACCCUCACGCACGAGACAGGCCACUGGCUCGGGCUUUACCACACGUUCCGAGGCGGUUGCGAUGGCGAAGGGGAUCUUAUUUCGGAUACGCCAGCUCAGGCCAGCCCCACGCGGGGUUGCCCCCCAUCCCGUGACUCCUGUCCGCACAAGCCCGGCCUUGACCCAAUACACAACUACAUGGAUUAUUCGAUUGAAGAGUUCACCAUAGGUCAGCGUGUUCGUAUGCACAGCUUCUGGCGAAAAUAUCGCCUGAACGCUGCAUAA